UCCACGUCUCCGAACCGCUCAGAGCCACAGUCACGGAGGGACCGAGCCAGGAGAAGGACGCGUCCUGACAGAGCGCUGACCUGCUUUAGUGCGCAGCGACACGGGAGUCAAGAACAGAAAAGAAAACCCGGACAAAGUUGUUGUUGUUUUGUUUUUGUUUUUUGUUUUUUUGGUUGCGCGCUGCGAUUAUCUUUCUUUCCACCGAGCGUCACCGCGGUUCGAGUUGCACGUCGAGGAGUAGUUCUCAGAUGGACAGACACUUGGAGAGCUCCGCGGGCAUGGGAUUAUUUUUGUAAUGUGGAUUUGUAUCCCGUCGCAGGAGAAUCGAGAUCUGCUGCGGAACGAUGUGAGAGCGUCUUGGAUUCUCGUGUUUCUGGAUAUCUUGAAGAUCAUUGGCAACAGUUGAGAGAGAAACAGAAGUUUUAACGCGCAGAGGAUUUUACGCUCCAGCCUUUCGGGACCAGCAUGGAUUUGCCUUUACGACCUCCGGCCCCUUACUUACAGAAGUUGUAGCCACUUGUGUUGGGUUUUUUUUUUCUUUGUGUGUGUGUGUUUUGUUUUUUUUUCCUUCUUGUGAAACUUCAUAUUUGAGAGCAAACCGCCACAUUUGGCCUCCUGUCUUUUACACCGUCGCCUGCCUUCGGAUUGGAUUUCCAACACCAUGAACUUUAUUGACAGUUUGACACUAUUAUUUUUGACGCUGUCAGCUGUCAAGAGCGCCCACAUACCGAAGGAAACAGAACGAGGUCCACAUGACGUGAUCCCUCUGAUGGAGGUCUACAACAAGAGCUUGUGUCAGCCUCGCGAGCUGCUGGUGGAGAUCCUGCAGGAGUAUCCGGAGGAGGUGGAGCACAUCUUCAUCCCGUCCUGCGUGGUGCUGACGCGCUGCGCCGGCUGCUGCAACGACGAGAUGCUGCAGUGCAUGCCGACGUCCAGCUACAACAUAACCAUGGAGAUUAAAAGAAUAAAACCCCAAAGGCAACAAAAUGACAUUUUCAUGAGUUUUACAGAACACAGCGCAUGUGAGUGUAGGUUAAAGAAAGAAGUGAAAGAACAGAAAGAAAAAAAAUCCCGGAAGGGCAAAGGCCUAAAGAGAAAACGAAAGAAAAACCGCGACAAAACAAUUCACGACGCCGUUUGCGAGCCAUGUUGCGAUCACUGCUCAGAGAGGAGAAAGCGUUUGUUUGUGCAGGAUCCCUCGACCUGCCGGUGCUCCUGCAAACACACAGACGAGUACUGUAAAGAGCGCCAGCUAGAGCUCAACGAGAGGACCUGCAAAUGUGACAAGCCAAGAAGAUGAGAGAGGUGCUCGGCGCACCGGAUGUACGACAUGAAGGAAUAUCCUCGCGAUAUUUCACAGCACAGCACUUUGAACCGUAAGCUCUUCUUUUCUGUGGAAAGCAUUCCCCUCGGACUGACUGAGAGAGAACAAAGAGAAAAGACUGAACUGAAGUCUCCUCCCACUGUAUAUCUGUGUGUACAUAGACCAUACGACAAAAACACAACAAAAAAAAACAAAACACGAGUACAGAGUUGUUAUUGCUGCUACAGAAACGAGUAACUAAAACCCACCAUUCGACUAAAAGCGAAAUAGCCGCCAUGUGGUUGUUUUUUUUUGUUUGUUUGUUUUGUUUGUUGUUUUUUUUUUUUUUGCAUUUCUAACCGGCUUGCCAUGCAGGUGUAGUCUUAUUGUCGAUUCAUUGUAUGCAAUUACUUCACUGGAUAUGAGUCUACUGUGGUUGUGUGUCGGUCAUAACACGCAAAGAAAACAAAAAGAAGAAGAAGAAGAAGAAGAAGACACCUCUCGACCUGAGACGUAUUUAACGAGACUGAAGAGGACGUGGCUCUUGCUUUGACGGACUGUUUUUUUUUUUCUGCUUUCGUGGAGUAAACGAACGGGCGGGACGUCGCUCGCCUCUCCUCCGAGGACGGACUCUGACGAGACUCCGGAGUGCCAUACUUGCUUUUUCUAAAGGGAUAACCGCUCGUCGUCGCCGUCGUCGUCAUCGCAGCGCUCUGCUACGUGGAAACCACUGAAGAUAUCCUGUAUACUGUAGUUUGAUUCCAUUCUGAAACCUGUGCCUCAUGUACUGAGAAAAAAAAAAUCCUUGGAGUGCUUUUUAAAUUAUUAUUAUUAUUAUUAUUACUUUCAGGAGAAGGGGGGGGGUUGUCAAAGUAGUUUUGUUAGAGCUCAAUACAGAAUCCAUUGAUUAUUAUCUUCUCUGUACAUACUUAAUAUCCCUUUACGCCAUAGUCCACCCUAGAUAAUUUAUCAUGUCAUAGAGUAUUUUUCAGUAUUCACGCGUCUACCCAUAUUUAAUUUGGUCUAUUUAUGUAUGCAGUGUUAUGUACCUGUGGCUGUCCUUUCUCCUCCAUGUUUAAGGUCACUGAUGGCUACUCUCAGCGCUCAUCUCAUCAUCAUCGCUUUUCUACAAAAAAAAAAAAUCUAUUUGUUAACAUUCCCUAACUGGAUCGUUUGUGCCGACGGCGUCUCCCUCUAAAGACUCUCACUGUGUGUGUUUGUGUGUGUGUGUGUGUGUGUGUGAAUGUGUCUGUGUGUAGUAAGUUGUAUUUAAGUAUUUAAGUGAGUAGCGGACCCUGUGUUUCCGUCCGUUUGUACGCAACGACAAAAAAAAAAAAGGAUGCAAAUACGAAUAAAACUUCUGCUAGCAGCUCAGCAAACGUCACCGCCGCCGCCGCCGCAGCAGCGCCGCCAUUUUAAAUCUGGAUCCUGUCCGCCAUCAGUCUUAGAGCCAUUAUUAUAUUAUUAUUAUAUUAUUAUUAUUAGUUCUAUUUGUCUCUUCUUCACUAUUAACAUGUUUUCUGUGUCUAUGUAAAAAAACAGUAAACCAUAUUUAUUUUCAAA